AUGAAAGGAUGCUUGACUCAUGGAGACAAGCCGGAAGAAUCUAGUCGUCACGAAACACUUCUGCGUGUAAUGUGCAAGAUUUUAGAGUGGCUUAUCAUCGCGAAGAAACCAAUGACGAGCCAGCUUUCACUCUCUUGUCAAUCGACCGAACGCGUUGGUGAAAUACCAGGGAAUUUUGUGCGCCUAAUCAACGACAUGUACAGAAGAAGAACUGUUGCGGUUCGAACAGCAGCUGAAUGUGCUGUACCGUUCGGAAUGAAAAAUGGAGUGAGAUGA